GGUGAACUGCUGACAAAUGUGUAAGCAAUUCUGAAGUGCUCGACUCCUCCUCUGGCAUCUUAAUCCUCCCUGCUGGUUAAAAAUGCACGAGUCACAGUGAAAUCAACCUCAGCAGACGUGUAGCCUGAAGUCUGGUCAGACAUUUAUGUGAGAAUUGCCUGGGAGCUGCAAGACCAGUGCUAACCAAAAAUAAAAAUGGCAGAAAAUUCUAACAGCUUGAAGCCAGACAUCUUCAACGAUAAAACCUACAUGUCAAAAAGAAGCAUCAGAAAGACCUUAAUGAAUAAGAUACGGUAUACACCCGUAGAGAAUGAACUCACCACUAAUGCUAAAGAGUCACUGUUUUCUGCUGGCUGUGCCAGUGAGAUGAAUCCAGUGUGCUGUGAUGCACAGCAGGAAAUGAAUGAGUGUAAAAAUGUUAGUGAGAUCCAGAAGGUUGGAUUUGAGCCUGAGGAAGUGUCCGGCUUUGCCAGCCUGAGGGUGAAACUUGAGGAAGACUGGACCGAGUUUGAAUUGGCACCAGCUCCAGUAAGGAAACAGGAAGCCGCAGUAGAUAACAAUGUAGCAAUGGCAUCCAGGGAACACGAGCCAAAUUCGGAACCAAAACAAACAGGCAAGACACUUUAUGUUUUCGAAGCUAUGAAAAAGCGGAGCAUGGAGGGAGAUGCAGAAAACCGCCCUUACAAAUGCCCUUACUGCAGCUGGGCCUUCAAGAAGUCCAGCAACCUACUGAGCCACGUGGAGACGCACAGCGGGCUGAAGCCACACGUGUGCGAACUGUGUGGAAAAGCCUACGCACAUCAGGGCACCCUGCAGCAGCACAAGCGGCUACACACGGGCGAGCGGCCCUACAGCUGCCCAUUCUGCGACAAGACCUACACAUGGUCCUCUGACCACCGCAAACAUAUCCGCACGCACACUGGCGAGAAGCCAUACGCAUGCACAGAGUGCGGCAAGGAAUUCGUGCGCUCAUCGGACCUGCGCAAGCACGAGCGCAACAUGCACACCAAUGACAAGCCGUUCCUGUGUCGUGCGUGUGGCAAGACUUUUAAUAAGCCUCUAGCACUGCUACGACAUGAGCGUACACACCUGGGUGAGCGGCCUUUCAUCUGUCCAGACUGUGGCAAAACCUUUGCCCUUCCCUCCCGCCUGGCUGAGCACCAGAAAGUCCACAGUGGCUUGCGGCCGUAUGUCUGCCCCAUCUGCACAAAAGCCUUCACUAAGUCCUCAAACCUGACUGAGCAUCUGAGCGUGCACACGGGUUUCCGUCCACACGUGUGUGCCGAGUGCGGUGUGGCUUUCACCAUGCCCUCACGCCUGCUACGGCACCAGCGCACACAUGCGGCCCGACGACUGCAGCAGGUCCUUCAGCCACCAGUUUAGCCCUUUGUGUUCUGUUCAUUACUGACCAAUAUUCUGUCCCAUUAUAGCAAUACAAUUGCAACAAUAAUUUUAAAAUACCUAGCAUAUUGUCUCUUUAUUGAUUAUAAAUAUAAACAAUACUGACAGAAAUGGAGCCUCUUCCCAUACUGAGAUACUGCUAAUGGUCAGCGGGACUGGAAAAGAGAUGGAAGGAAUAAGCCAGCUACUUCAGCUUUUUGGUUUAAAAUUACAAACAAAAGUAAUUUUAAUAACCUUCAUUUAUUUUGGCUUGUAAACUCUUAGCUGAACAUUAGGGUUUUUUACAUGUUUACUAGACAGGGCCCCUGAGUAGCACAACAGCACAAAGGAAAAGUGGAUGCAUGCUCAUAUCCCAAUGACGCCACAGCCAUCCAUGGCCACUCGCCAAGGGAGAAAAAUUAUCUGUGCUCUCUCUCUCUCCCCUCUUAGUCACAGUGACACUAGCCAAUACUAAUAGCAUGUGGUAAGAUGAGGCCAGCUGGCUUCUUGCGUCUCUGAAGAAGGACAUUAGCCUUCUGGUUGGUGGCAGUCGUAUAACAGGGGAGAGCUGGCUGGCGGGUGGGUGGGAAUUGGCCGGUAAUGAAAUUGUGAAGAAAAAUGGGGGAGGGGGGUGGAUUAAAACAUAAAAGUUUAUGUUGGAAACUUGUUUUUAAUGCUGUUGCAUUUUUUACUGACUUUUCUGUGCAUCAUUAUUAUAACCUCAACAGAACAGGGGUAAUUUAUAUGGAACAAUGUUAACCUAAAAUCUCUUUACUAAUUUUUAAUAUUUAUUGUUUUGUUGAUUUGCUUAGCAAACUUUUUUGUAUUUUUUUCUUUAUAAUAUUUAGUUUUAUGUAUUGUCUUUUACAUAUUAUAUUAGACAUACAGUUUCUUUGACUUUGCAGUCACCUCUCAACACACACAUGUAGUCUGACAGCUGCACCCCAGUUUAAUAUUUAAACCUUUUUUAAGACCUUCAUUCGUUCUGACAUACAGACAAUUAUUUACUUAAUUUAUUCUCUUUUUUGUACCAUGUUUUUUUCCCCUCUGUCUAAUGGUUUUAUAAUGUAGAUGCUUUCAAUUUUUGUCACAUCCUCCAUGAUGGCAUUAAAUCCUUCCCCUGUCAUA